AUGCCAAAGCCAGUUCUAGGACCAGAACGACGCACCAAUCCAUUAAUUUGGUGUGCAGCCAUAAUCUGCACUAUCUUAACCGUAGCCGUAAUCAUCACUGGUAUGGUCGUCUUCAUUGGCUACAUGGUCAUUCGACCAAAAGUCCCUCAAAUGAGUGUAGCAAGUGCCAAUUUAGACAGAUUUUCCUAUGACAUGGCCAGUGUUCUCACUCUCAGAGUCUCAAUUAUUAUCAAAGCUGAGAAUGACAAUUCAAGAGCCCAUGCAAGUUUCUAUGAGACGAGUUACACACUUAGCUUCCAUGGUGUUAAAGUGGCUUAUUUAAAUGCUGACCCUUUUGAUGUCCCUGCAAACAGCUCCAAGUAUUUGUAUUAUCCUGUUGAAUCAUCGUCGAUUCCAUUGACGCCAGAAGAAGGAGAGGUUGCUGAGCUUUUCUUAAGGCGGAAUCAAGUGGUUUUUGAUAUAAGAGGGAAUACAAGAACAAGGUGGAGAGUAGGGUUGCUUGGUUCUGUGAAGUUCUGGCUGCAUCUUAAUUGUCAGCUCAAGUUUCCGUUAAAUGGAACGACAAUUUACCCGAGAUGCAGCUCAAAGUCCAAAUGA